AUGAAGUGCCUGAAGACUCAGCCAGGAGCCGUCGUUAAGGUAUCCGUCAUCAACGCUUCCUUUCUGCUGAACAUCCCCAUCAAACCGUACGUUACCCCGGUUGUGCCAGGUCACGAUGAACUCAACGUGCCCUGCUUCGUGUUCCUGGUCGAGAACCCGGAAGGGCGCAGGGUGCUGUUCGACCUGGGCACUCGCAAAGACUGGGAGAACCUUCCUGCCGUUGCUUUGAAAGAGAUUUCAGAAGAUGGGAUCAGGAUCGAGGUGGAGAGAGACGUUGUCGAUAUACUAAAUUCCGGAGGUAUAUCUGCGGACGACAUCGAAGCGGUUGUUCUUAGCCACCACCAUUGGGACCAUGUCGGCGAUGUCAGCCGCUUUCCAGACUCUACUCUGGUUGUGGUUGGGCCAGGUUUCAUCAACACUUGGCUCCAAGACGAUCAAUCGGACAGCUCGAAAUCGUCACUCUCCGCUGUGGACUUCAGGGGCAAGAAAGUGAAGGAAGUCAACUUUUCCUCCGACAAUGUCGUGCAGAUCGGCCCGUUCAAGGCACACGAUUACUUCGGAAACGGCUCCUUCUACCUCAUCGAUGCCCCAGGCCACAGUCUGGGUCACAUAUCGGCACUGGCUCGAACAUCCAACGCGCCCGACACGUUUAUCCUGCUUGGUGCCGACUCGUGCCAUCAUAGUGGGCAACUUCGGCCUUCCGAGUUCCGUCCGCUUCCUCGACUCAUCAAGCCGCACCCACUGCACCCGCACGCAAGCACCCCCUGCCCGUCCUCAGGUAUCAAGGUGUAUCUCCACCGCGUUGGACGGACUCUCCAAACUCCGCUUUAUAGCAUCCCCGAGGACCCGGAGUAUGAAGCAUACACACAUGACAGGUCCGCGGCUGCACGCACGAUCGAGAUGAUGCAGCAAAUGGACGGAUUCGACAAUGUCUUCAUAGUCAUGGCUCACGACGAUUCGUUAUUGUCAGAGCUGACCUUUUUCCCAUCGACAGUCAACGACUGGAAGCCGCGUGAUUGGGCUGAGAAGACGCGGUGGGCAUUCCUGAAAGACUUUAGGUCUUUACUCGAGGGCAAGUCGCUCGAAGCCGGCGGACACUGGGCAAAACUAUAG